AUGCUCCUCCUCUUCCUCCUCACCACCUCCCUCGUCUGGACCACCGUACUCACCUUCUUCAUCGUGCGCGACUACCGACUCCUCCUCCACGUGGCGCGCUGGUCCACAUCCAUCUACCUAAUCGUUUUCGGCAUAUUCGCCGCAGAAGUGUUACGCGAGGGCCUCGUCGUCAACGGCCACGCCCCGCUACACUGGGACGUGCGCAUCGCCUGGACCUCGUGGUUCGUGCUGGUCGCGUGCUCGGUGUUCGACUGGCGCUUUUUAGUCCCCGCCGUCGUGUGCCCGGUUUGGUUCUUGAGCUUUCCGGAGAAGCAGCAGUUCCACGUUAUGGACAUCGGCUUGUUUACAGCAGAAAUAUACUUCCAAGGGAUGCUGGGCAUUUCGGCAAAGUCGGCUUGA